AUGCAUAAUAGUAUCAGUAAAGCGCUUGCUAAAAAAAUUGGUUUAUAUAUUACUAGAGAAUUCAGAUCAAAAUAUCCUGCAGUAAAAGAGCUUAGCAUUAGCAUAACAAAUGCUGGCAAGAAAGUGAUGGUAAGAGAAUGGAUUAGUAGAGAAGAAGUUUCCGUUUCUUUGCCAAAUAUAUUCAAUGGGUUAAAAUUGCUACCUCUGAUAAUAACGGAUACAGAAACUUUUGUAGUUGUUGACAAGCCUGAAUAUAAUUUGAUUUUAG